AUGUCUAAUCCCCUCUCUGUGAGUGAACGAAAAAACGUUGUUCGCUCACGAAAGUGGUAACUAUUUUUAAAAAAAUUAUAUAAAAUUACGAUAAAAUUUUAUAUGAAAUUUAAAAAAAACAAUUCGAAAAAUUUUAAAGAUAUGCUAAUUUAAUUUGUAAAAAAAUUAUGUUUUAAAAUGAAGGUUAUUUAAAAUUAAACAGAAUUGACUAGAAAUUUCGUUAUAAUAAUAAUAAUCACUUAUAUAUAAAUUUUUUUUUUAUUAAAUAAAUUUAUUUUACUCUCACAGAGAGUGGGAAGUAAGCUUUUUCUUAUCUUAUUCGUCUCCACUUUAGCAUACUCAAAACAAUUUUCAGUAUCUGGAGUGAGCUCAGGUGCAGCUAUGGCAGUUCAACUCCAUGUUGCUCACUCAGCAGACUGUACAGGAGCAGGGAUUAUUGCUGGCCCUCCUUAUUACUGUGCAAAAAACUCCUUACUCCGCCCCCCUCCAUGAGUGAACAAAACCAUUAGAAAAAUCUUUAUUUUUUGCCCAAAAAUCCACUCUCCAUGAAUAAACAAAUUUUUUUUUCGAAAUUUUAAAAAAAUCCCAUUUCUCGAAAAUUGGAAGGCAAAUUUUAAUUUAAUUGUAAAAUUUAUGUUUUAAAAACGCAACUUGUUUAAAAUUAAACAGAAUUAGCUCGAGAUUUCAUGAUAAUAGUUAUCACUUAUAUAUCAAAUUUUUUCCCAUAAAACCUUUUCGAUGAAGAGGGGGGGAGUUAGUGAUUGCAUCUACAGCAUGUGCAACAACUCCUUAUUUGCUAGAUAUAAGCCCACUUAUUCGAUAUACCCAGGAGCAAUCAAGAGAAGGCACUAUUGAUGACUAUAAUAACCUGAAAGCCAAUACAAAAGGAAUUUGGAUUUUUUCUGGGCUUUUAGAUACAGUUGUGAACCAGCAUAUUGUAAAGCAGCUUCAAAAAUUUUACGAAUCCUUUAUUCCUUCUUAUAAAAUAACCUCUGUUUACAACGUCGCAGCUCAACAUUCUUGGGUUACAAAUUCAUACGGAGGCCUAUGUGUGUAUCUUGGCUGGCCGUUUAUUAACAAUUGCAAUUUAGAUGCAGCAGGCCACAUUCUAUAUCAAAUUUAUGGGAAUAUAAAACCUGCAGUUACUCCUCUAGUAGAAAAUCUAAGACAGUUUGACCAGACCAUAUAUGUUGAUAUCACCCAAGCAGUGAUGGAAAAUACUGGAUUCAUAUAUAUACCGAGUGGAUGCCAAAAUAUCAAUAACGAGUGUUUGGUUCAUGUCGCAAUUCAUGGAUGCUUGCAAAAUUAUAACUCGGUUGGGGACAGAUUUGUGAGUAAUAAUGGGCUGAAUGGAUAUGCUGAAGCAAAUAAUAUAAUUGUUAUUUAUCCUCAAGUAGCGGUAGAUAUAAUAGCAAAUCCUCAAGGCUGUUGGGAUUGGUGGGGGUAUACAGGAAGUGACUACGCAUUAAAAAGCGGGCUACAAGUAUCAGCAAUUUAUAAAAUGACCCAAAGUAUACCUCUGCUAUCGGAUUAUCAAAUGCUAUUUAUUUAA